AUGGCAGCACCCUCAGCGAAAAAACGGCUUGUCCACCACCUUGACACGCCCUUCUCUACCACAUCAUGGCCUGAAAUCUCACUUGAAGACCAAGAUUCAAUCUUGGAACUCCUCUGCCACCUCCUGAGCCCCAUAGGGCAGCACCGCCGAAUCCACACCAAGGUUUCCAAAGGGAAGCGGGCCGCCAAAAGGGAAAAGCAGAUCAAGUCGAAGUUAAACGAGGAGCCAAACUCAGCCAAGAUACCGACUCCGCCUGUCCCAGAACUCAGUGCAAGUGUGGAUGUUGGCUUCAAUUCAAUUACCAAAAAUCUCGGAUCGCUUACGCGACCCUCUGAUGAGGCAGAGAAAUCUCACAAGGGCUAUUCCAUGAUUUUCGUCGCCAGAGGAAGCCAGUCACAAGCCUUCAACCAGCAUUUCCCACAAAUGGUCGCAGCCGCGUCGCGAAAUCUUCCAGACAAUGAAAAGAUACGGCUUGUCGGGCUUUCCAAACCAUGUUCUGAGAGAAUAGGCAGCACACUCGGCAUACCGAGAGUCUCGUCGGUGGCUGUUUCUCGACAUGCGCCAGGAGCGGACGCUCUGUUUGCUGUUGUCCAGAAUAUUGUGCCCCCCGUCGACUCGCCUUGGCUAAAUGAGACGCCCAGCACCGUCUACAAGACCACUCGAAUUGGCUCUGUGGAAACGACUGUUGGGACUAAACGCGUGAAAGAAAGCAAUUAA